AUGGCGUCGACGCGUCCGCAUCCUUUAGUACAGAUUUACCAAGAUCCAAUGCCACCUCCACCUACCAACGUGUCUCCUGUCGAGAAGCCACCACCACGCCUGCAACCUUCAGCUAUGCCCCUUCAGCCCAUGAGAAAUCCUCCGGCUGCAUCUCGCCAUCCUGCAGUGAUUCUGGCUGCUCCGAUGGCUCCGUGCCAUCAAUUCUCGCCGCAGAAGACCACAACACUGUCACCUUCCAGACCCUACUUCGGAGAUCUCAACUAUGUCCCUAUCCCUCCACCCCCGGUAGCCAACCAUAGCCACGCCGGGUCACCAACCAAGAGAACUGCGAUGCUGCAUAGUCAGCCACCUCGCCCGGCUCAGAUGGUACAGCCAAUGUUCACCACAUUCAACAGUAAUUUCGACACCUAUGAACAAGAAAACUUUCCUGCACCAACAACCCACGAGAAUUUCGUCGACUUUCCCGAGCCCUCCUACCCUCGUAAGCAGCCUAUGAAGAGAUCGUACUCGGACGCGCAGUUGUCGCAGGAUCGACCCUUCAAGAAGACGCGACAAGACGAAGAGUUGACCUUCCACCUGCCGAAACCGGAAGACAUGAUGCCUGUUGAGGACGACGGCAACAAACCUCCUUACAGUUAUGCGCAAAUGAUUGGCAUGGCUAUCUUGAGAGCACCAAAUCGACGUCUAACGCUGGCACAAAUCUAUGACUGGAUUUCAACCACAUUUGCCUACUACGCGCGAGACACCAAGCAAAGCUGGCACAACAGCAUCCGACAUAAUCUAUCAUUGCACAAGGCCUUCACCAAGCAAGAGAGGCCGAAAGGAGACGCGGGGAAGGGCAGCUACUGGGUUAUUGUGCCGGGCAUGGAGGCACAGUUUAUCAAAGACAAAAAACCGAGAGGAAAUAUGCUGGCACCAAUGUAUAACCUUCCCAGUGCGGUUCGCCCGCAACCCCAGAUUGCCCAGCAGCUGUCGGAAGCGCUGGCACCAAAUGCCUACCUCGGUCAGUCAAGUGAGCCUCCUCGACCCCAAACAGCUCCUGCCUUGCCCGAGCUGUCCUCGGACGCCACGUUGCCAGCCUCAGACGCCGCCUUGCACGAGCAUGAGACCGCCGACCUCGAGGACAGCGCCACUGCGCCAGCUCUGAAGUCGCCCCCACCAGAUGCAAUCAACUCUUCCCCACCUGUGGUCGUGUCGAACCAUCACAGAGCCAUCUCUUCGCCUUCAGCUCGCAUGCCGCGCUCGGCGGCGUCUCAUCGGCAAGCUCAAACCCUCACCAAGAAUGACGACAGUGGAUACUUCUCCUCCAUCGAAUCUUCGGCUCUGAAGCCAAACAAAAAUACCGUCGUGCUAACCUCAGAGCUGGACAUUGAGCCAAUGAGGAAGAAGAGAGGCCGUGCCGAAGAGGAGAUAGUUCGCAUCCGAAGCUCUUCUCACGACCUGACUCCUAGUCACGCCAGAUUCCGACCUUGUACCGCCGAACCUCCACCGUCGUCUUCUCCUGUUCGAGUCAGUCCAGCCGUCACAAUGAACCCAAUGACUCCUGCAGUGGUCUUUAAGAAGCCGAUCCGUCCUCCACCUUCAGUCUCGCCGAACACACAGCUCCUGCUGCAUCGCAAGGCAAUGCGCGAGUUUGCCAAUUCACCCAUCAAGGGUUCUGGCCUCUUCAUGUCAGAUGACACAGGCUACAGUCCUCUUAAGUGGCCGAGCCUGGCAGCAAGUGAAUUGCCUGAAAGCGCUUUUGAAAUCUUCUCGGACCCGGCCAUUGGGCUUACUCCGGCGACACCACCAUUUGCCUCCUCACCCCUUAAGCGACCAUCGGUCGCACGUGCAGUUACCUCGACCGACGUCCUUUCCGACGUUUUCAGCCAUGGCUACAAGCUAAACGCGAAGACGCCCACUCGUGGAUCCCUUCUCAACCCUCGCGUUCGAGCUACCCAAAAUGGGUCGCCGGUGAAAGGCUCGACCGCCCAUAUUCAGAUCCUUGAUCAGGUCGACGACCUCUUCGACUUCAAGUCGUUUGAGAACGAUAAUUCCGACGACAAUGAUGAAGGCGUCGACAUCCUGCAAGGCUUCGAAAAGAUCGGUGUGCCCAACGCUGCCAUGAAGAGUGAACAAGGGGGACGUCCAUCUUUGGGUCGCAGUUUCACUUCACGCUUCUAA